CUUCGCUACGAGCAUCAGCAACCUUGCCCACGGCGGGACAAGCAGUCAAGAUGAGCAUGCACCCGGCGCGACAGGCUUAUGUGGAGGAGGAGAAUGGCGCGGACGAUGCGAUGGAGGGUAUUGACCUCUCCAGCGUGCCCCUUGACCGCGAUCAUGCCAUGCCCGGUGGAGGAAACGCGUCGGCCCAUUCCCUCAUGGAGGAUUUCGACCGCAAACGACGAGCAGCGCAACUCAUCGUACCGACCGCCGACCGCGACGUCAAGGCAAAGCUGCGCUCGCGAGGCGAGCCUAUCACCUUGUUUGGCGAAGGGCCUUCGGAGCGACGCGACCGACUUCGAGCUCUGCUUGCAGAAGCAGCCGAAGCAUUGGGUGAGGAUGCGGCAGAUGUGGAUAUGCAAGAUGCAGACGAGGCGCCUGGUGACGAGCAAGAAGAGUUCUAUACACAAGGCACACAAUCACUACUCGACGCCCGGCGCGACAUGGCCAAAUACUCUUUACCCCGCGCAAAGGAGCGCGUCGCAUACCAGCGUCGCGAAGCUACCAUCCCGCUGAAAACCCACGUCGAGUUCCGCAACACCAUCAAGGACCGGCUGAAGGGCUUUGAGCUCUAUGGGUCGCAAACCGCAGAUCGCCCAGUCAGUAUUGUGCGCGUCUCACCCAACGGCAAGUAUGUCGCAUACGGUACCUGGGGUGGAAAAGUUGCGCUCCUGGAAAUCCCUAGUUUGGAACAGAAGAAAGCCUAUCGCGGUGGGCAUACGGAGCGCGCAACUGGCAUAGAUUGGAUGCCAGGCGCGACACUUGAGGGCAGCAACGUCUCGACCUCUAGCGUGAAUUUCGCUUCUGGUGGAGCAGGCGGCAAGAUCCAGCUUUGGUCACUAGACGACGACAAGCCCCUUCGCACUCUCCAAGGUCACACCGAUCGCGUCUGUAGAGUAGCGUUCCAUCCCUGUGGACGGUACUUGGCCUCAGCUUCCGAUGACACGACAUGGCGACUCUGGGACGUCAACACCGGACAAGAGCUCCUCAUGCAGGAGGGUCAUUCCAAGGAAGUCUAUACCGUGAGCUUCAACGGCGAUGGGUCCUUGGUUGCAAGUGCAGGUCUCGACAGUAUCGGCCGCGUGUGGGAUGUGCGCACAGGCCGUGUUAUUUACAUGCUGGAGAGCCACAUCAAGCCCAUCUACGGCCUGGACUGGGCAACGGAUGGUCAUCGCCUACUCUCUGGUUCAGGAGAUGGUUUCAUGAAGUGCUGGGACGUCCGCGCGAUGAGAGAGACAAACUCAAUUGCGGCCAACACUGGAGGUGUCACCGACCUACGAUGGUUCAAGGGUACGGAUGGACCAGCCAGCGGAGUGCCGCUGCAGGAGAACAGCCAAGGGGAACUCAUACCAAAAAAAGCUUCUACCUUUGUCAUCUCUUCUGGAUUUGACAAAAACGUUCAGAUCUUCUCAGCAGACGACUGGGCGCACUGCAAAACACUCCAAGGUCACUCUGGCCCUGUCUUCAGUACCGAUGUGACGAGCGACGCGUCUUGGAUCGUCAGUGGCGGUAAAGAUCGCACUGUGAAACUGUGGGCUAGAGACGAUAACGGAGGAAUAUGAGACCAGAAUUGUCAUACCACGCUAUGGCUCAUGAUGUUUGACGGCGACAGCCGCAAGCAUGCGAUAAAAGCAAGGGGAGCGAUGGCCAUGAGUUUGAAUGGAAUCACAAAGCUUCAAAACGAGAUACCCAGUACUCCCGAGCGCGUGGAGCUACCAAUACACAGUGCGUUGCGCAACUAGGAGUGUGCAACGUCAUCCUUCAACUUCAUUCCAACCUCCUUUACAUGUUCACUCGCUG